GGUUUGCGGGGUCGGCCGCCAGGCGGCAGGCAGGUGGUCCGGUCAGCUGGCCGUCGGUAGUGCCGCGGCGCCGGCCAGUUCAAAGCAGGGCGCUGUCGAGGGGUGCCGUGUCGACCGCGACGCGACGAGCCAGGUGUGUGCGCCAGCAGUGUGUCAGGACGGCCGCCGCGCUCGCUGGCCAAUUUGGCAAGCGGGUCGUCGGAUUGAAUGAGAGAUCGGGCUGAGUUUGCGCAAGAGCGGCACCGGCCGCGCCAGGGGCCCGAUAACGCCUUAUUCGACAUGAGCGCCGUCGCAUUAUGAAUCGACUGGCGCAGUGAGCUGACAGCCAGGGUGUGUGAAAGUCGUCGGGAGGUCGGCACUGGCUGCGUACGACGGCUCGGAGCGCGGCAGCCUCUCAGCUUGUCCCUGUUGUGUGCCAGUGAGACAGCGAGUGUGAGGUGAGGAGGGCAGCGGCGGCACGGCGACCGUGCCAACUGGCCGCGCGACCGGCGACGCAGCGGUGGCGAAACAGCGGCCCGUGUUGUCCCCGUGACGGUGGCCGGUGACGCAGGUGGCCGCUGAGACCCUCCAGGGCCGUCUCCGGGACCGGCCGCUGCACUGGAGCGUCGGCCGGCGGUCGGCGUGUAUGAUAGACUGACGGAGCUGUUGGUGGUGACGGGCGCACGUUCAGUGAUUUGGAGUCACGUGGUGGCAUCUGUUGUGAUACUUGUGCAUGCCCUUGACCUCUAAGAGGUCACUUGACCUGGGUGAGGUCGGAAGCAGUGUUGGUGACCCUACGGUUGUGAUUGGAAACAAGUGACCCAGAGUCCGCUGCAGAUCACUGAUCAGUGACCGCCGGUGACCGGCCGGAGCCAGUGACCGGGUCAGUGUGUCGGGUCACCGGUCACACCCCAGCGCCGUGACCGGGGAUCAGUCCCUCUCCAGCUCUCGCCGAUGGGCGAGAGCAGCCUGAUCGCCGCCAGGAGCACAAUGGUCAACCCCACAGUACGGAAAAUUUGCGCCAACUGUAAAUGUGACCGGGAGAGUCACGACCUGUGCCAGGAAGACUGGGUGAACGUCAGAGACCGGCUCGGCUUCACAGGCGUGCUGGAGCCCGACAAGCGGGUGUCCAAGGACAGGGCGUUCCAGCAGGGCUACUCCUGGGUACCGCCCGGACUCAGUCGAGAAAAGAUCGAGGAGUAUAUGAGCCAGCUGCCGAACCACAAGGUACCGCGGCUGGGAACCACAGGCGAGAAGUACCGAGAGCGGAACCUGGUUCACCAGCUGCCCGCGCAGGACUUGGCGCUCACACACUGCCGGCACGUGGCGCCCGAGCAGCAGCGAGCGUUCCGCGACUUCGUCCAGGCGAGAAACGACAUCGCGCUAGACGUCGGCUUCGUCCGAGAACUCAACCAUUCCUCCGAGUGCCGCAAGUGCCAGGGUGUGAUACGACACGGCGAGCUGGCCGUGAUAGCUCCUCGCUUCGGUGAUGUAACGUGGCACCCUGCGUGUUUCGUGUGUCACACGUGUGACCAGCUCCUGGUGGACCUCACCUACUGUGUCUAUGACGAGGAGAUCUACUGCGAGAGGCACUACGCCCAGCAGCUGAAGCCCCGCUGCGCUGCCUGUGAUGAGUUGAUUUUCAGUGGCGAGUACACCAAGGCGAUGAACAAGGACUGGCACAGCGGCCACUUCAGCUGCUGGCAGUGCGACGAGUCGCUCACCGGCCAGCGGUACGUGCUGCGCGACGACCACCCCUACUGCAUCAAAUGCUACGAGAACGUGUUCGCCAACACCUGCGACGAGUGCAACCGGCUCAUCGGUAUUGACUCCAAGGACCUGAGCUACAAGGACAAGCACUGGCAUGAGGCGUGUUUCCUGUGCAACAAGUGCCGCAUGUCGCUGGUGGACAAGCAGUUCGGCUCCAAGGCGGACAACAUCUACUGCGGCCCCUGCUACGAUGCCCAGUUCGCCACGCGCUGCGACGGAUGCGGCGAGAUCUUCCGUGCAGGCACGAAGAAGAUGGAGUACAAGACGCGCCAGUGGCACGAGAAGUGUUUCGCGUGCUGCGUGUGCCAGACGCCGAUUGGCACCAAGUCGUUCAUCCCUCGCGAGCAGGAGAUCUACUGCACGGGCUGCUAUGAGGAGAAGUUCGCCACCCGGUGCAUCAAGUGCGACAAGAUCAUCACCACUGGCGGCGUGACCUACAAGCAGCAGCCGUGGCACCGCGAGUGUUUCACCUGCACCAACUGCAACACCAGCCUGGCCGGCCAGCGGUUCACCAGUCGUGACGAGAAGCCCUACUGCGCCGACUGCUUCGGCGAGCUGUUUGCCAAGCGGUGCACCGCCUGCUCCAAGCCCAUCACCGGCAUCGGUGGCACCCGGUUCAUCUCGUUCGAGGACCGGCACUGGCACAACGACUGCUUCAUCUGCGCCAGCUGCAGCAAUUCGCUGGUCGGAAAGGGCUUCAUCACCGACGGCUCGGAUAUCCUUUGCCCCGAGUGCGCCAAGCAGCGGCUAAUGUGAGCUGCUGACACCUGGCGGGCGCGGCCAGAAGCUGAAGUUGCGCCGACGGGCGCGUGGGGGCUGAGGUGUGCCGAGCCGGGCCGAGCGCUGAUGGAGGCUCGGAAAGUGUGACACUUCUAUCUUUCUCUAUUUUGUGUUGGUAGACAUUUGCGCGAGUAAGUGGUGCGCGGAGUGAGUGGUUAGGCGUGCAAUAUCAUGAAUUUUAUACAUGGGUGCUAGGACGUGACACGAGAGACACGGUGAGCGGGCGUGCUGUGGCGGGCCACCCGGCCCUGCCCGCGCCGCCCACCGCUGCACACGGCACACACUAGUCACAGCACACACCCCACUGACACAGACAGACACACGGAGCACAGACAGCGUGUCACGUCCCGGCCGAGCGCGCCGGCCGGUCGACAGGAGAGAGUCCGAGAGCGCGCGCGAGAGGGAGGGAGAAGAGUGGCGCGCCGAGCGCCGAGCGGACGACGAGUGAGCGAGAGUGGAGCGCAGCGGCUCGCCAGACGGCGGGCAGAGCCGCGCCAGCCACCGAUUGACUAACCCGUCUCCAUUAACCCGUAGUCGGGCCGGUGGGGGCGGCGGCGUCCCGGUAGUGGGAUCGCCCGCCGCCGCCGCCGUCCUGCCGCCCGUCGCCGCCGCCGCUGCCGCCGACACGGCAGCGGGGAGCGCGCGCGUGCGUGAUAUAUACUGAACCUGCUAGUCGGCUGUCGCUUGACUCGAUUGCGUUUUACCCGUAGGGAUCAUGAUGAUUUGAGAUGUUGUAUUUAUUUCCUGCGCGUGCCGCCUCCGAGGGCGAGUGUUACAGGCCUGUACAUAGAAGAACGAGCGCUGCGGCGGCACGCGAGACAUGCCUUACAGCCUGGACUCGGGGCCUUACUGUCUCAAGGCUACUGACGUAUGGGUCAGAAAGAACAGUAUAUAUUUCCUUCCACCGUAACAAGGCCUCCCUUUCCACCCAUACAUGUAACUUCAGUUGACCCGAGCGUUCACAGUAACCUAUCAGUCUGCUGGCCAGGCUGCGCGGAUCUUCCGGGACCCCUCCGGAAGGCCAGGGGGCUGAUGGCUCCUCCGGCCACCGAGGGGUCUCCGGGGGUCCGCCCGACUCCACCUGCAGAGUUCCAAAUUCGAGCCAGGAUCCGCUGUUAGAUUGUUUCCCAAGUUUUUGGUUCCUUUGUCCCCUCGAGGAGUGUUGUUCUAUCGACUUCCUGCCGUCCUGUUCAACAACUCUCCUCAAAUGUCAUGUGGGUAGUUAUUUUUAUUUUUGAACUUUCACCAUCUUUUAUGUAUGUUGGCUGUUGUUAAUAUUUCGCUUGUGGAAGGAAAUAAACGCUUGAUUAACCAUU